GCUCGAGAUGUCUGAGCCGCCUUCCGGGCCUCAAAAUGCCACAGAGCGGCUGUCCCUUCACCUAGUGGCCAAUGCUGCACUGCGACGGAAGCACUUUGGGCUGGAGAAGCCGUCCACCCCGGCACCGGCCGUGAAGUUCCCGACCACGCGAGCCUCCAAGCCAUCCUCCAAGCCAUCGCCCAACAGCUCUCUAUGGACCACCAUGGAGAAGAAGCAGCUGGAGUUGGAGCUUCAAAGCUUGCGCGAGGCCUACGCCAGAAAGAUUGCGGACACAGAGCUGCAGUGCGAAAAGAAGUUGGAGGCUGCGGAGGCCGAUCGCGAGGCCUGGUUCAAGGUGAAGAAGGUUGAGAUCGCCAAGAUCCGAGCGGGCGUGGUGGUGAUGCAAGCCCUCUUCGAGCGCCGGAAGCGAAAGUUUAUUCGGCAAAUGGAAGAGGAGAGAGCACAGACGGAGAAACAGAGGCUGGAGAUGAACGAGCGGGUUGCGGAGGCAGAAGCAAAGAUGGUCGAGACUACAACCUUCUAUGAGAACAGACUUGCGGAGACCCAAGCGGCCCAUGCCAAGAAGUUGAAGGACCUGGAACUUCUGCAGAAGGAGACAGAGGACCGAGCCUUCCGCGCGGAGAAGCUUCUGAAGAUCUCAGAGGCAGAGAACACCCGGCUGCAAGAUGUCGAGAAGUCCCUGCGCUUUGACAUCGAGGACCUCCGAGUCAGGCUCCAAGACUCGGAGAGGGCCGAGGAGUUGCAGCGGGCCAAGGAAAGGUCUGAAUUUCUGGAGGACGAGCUGCGCAAAACCCGACAGAAGAUGAUGGACAGACGACAUGCAGAGGCAGAGUCACUUCGAAGAGAGCUCAUGGACUAUGUGAAGUUCAUUGUCAAGAUUCUGCCUGAAGAGUGGAAAGUGCGGAUCAGGCCGGAAAUUCUGCAGCGGGUUGCGUCCCAGCACAGCGCAUCGCCCGAAGAGCUAGAGGCUUAUUUUGAGAAUUCAGGGCCAUCGCUCCAAGGUGAUGGCUCGGGUUAGUCGUCACUUGGCACACUCAAUGCUGCUAGUUGUGCAACGGGGCAG